CACCUGGAGAAGGCUGCAGUGCCUCAUCUUUCCCUUACCCCUAUGCUCUACUUCGUUGGCCUCUGAAAGAUGCCUGAUCGGCAAACAUCGCUUCUUAGCUUGGCUAACGAGCUUCUUCUCGAAAUAGUCGAGAAACUUGACCAGCUGAAAUAUAUUAGCAAAAUUUUGAACCUAAAUAAACGCACCCGCGAUUUGCUUUUGACUUAUCUAUUCGAUCGGGGCUGCGCCAGGACACGAAAUGCACGAUAUAGACAAACCACUUUGGGAUUGUUCCUGGGAGGCGCAAUUUGCAGCGACACCUCAUCGAUUAUAGACCGUAUUGUUAAUCACAGAAUGACUCUGGGGCUAAUGGGUGAAACCCUUCUGGACGGUGGGAUGGGCAUCAAGAAACGGAUCAAUAUGCCUCGCUAUCUUCGAAGUGCUCUUGCUGUCGAUUCACCUUACGUUGCUGCUUAUCUACUGAAGUCUGGCGUGGACCUGAGUGAAUCAAGAUACAAUCGUCCAAAGCUCAUGCCUCUGUGCCAGGCCUUAUCCAUAGGUCCUACCAGUACGCAGGACAAAAUUGAUGCGUCCCUUAGAAUCGCUUGUAGCUACGUCUUGCCGCGAACCUUCAGUUCCUUCUUAGUCAAAGGUGCCAACCCAAACGCCUAUAGUCCAUACGGACUCAACGCGAUGCACGAAUUACUUCUUCCACGGAUUCCAGCGCUUGCCAACGACUUUACAUAUUAA